ACCCAUCACAUGAUCCAUACCACUGUGUAGGCCAUAUUUGACAGAGGCUGAGUAGUGUGGUGUAGUGCGUGUGGAGUCUGGUGGGUGAUUGUUCAGAAAAUACUCAGCAAAAAUGGCGUUAGGAGAAGAUCGUCCAAUCUACGGCCCUUUCUUUGGAGUAAUGGGGGCUGCAUCUGCAAUAAUUUUCAGCUCUCUGGGAGCAGCAUACGGAACUGCGAAGUCCGGUACGGGUAUUGCAGCGAUGUCUGUAAUGCGACCAGAGCUGAUUAUGAAGUCUAUAAUCCCCGUUGUCAUGGCUGGUAUCAUCGCAAUUUACGGCUUGGUCGUAGCAGUAUUGAUAGCAGGAGCUCUUGAGGAGCCCGCCAGCUACACUUUAUUUAAGGGAUUUGUCCACUUGGGGGCAGGAUUGGCCGUCGGAUUUAGCGGGCUGGCAGCAGGAUUUGCUAUCGGCAUCGUAGGCGAUGCUGGAGUUAGAGGAACUGCUCAACAACCACGUCUCUUUGUAGGAAUGAUUUUGAUUCUCAUUUUCGCUGAGGUGUUAGGUCUUUAUGGACUUAUUGUCGCUAUCUACUUGUAUACCAAAUAAAUUGCCCUUUGGUAAACGUGUUUCCAUCAGUCAUCUGCAUGAAAGAUUUUGUUCGUGGAAGUCAUCUUAUUGUGAAUCAUGCCUUCAUUGUGAGUUGACUUCCUACAGCAGCCACCUCGUUUACAAUUUGACACUUGGAUGAAAAGUAGCACAAUGUAUGUAAUGUGGCAUAUUUCGAAAUUAGGCAGUUUGGUGCUUCAGUUUGAAAGAAGCAGCAGUUCGUUAACCCAUAAAUCAUCGGAUAAUUUUGUUACUUUGUAUAUACUCUAUGAAAACUUUUUUUUUAAACUGUUUGAUGUAUAUAACUGUUGAAACUGCACAAUCGUUUUGUUUAAAACUGUGCUCGUAUCAAAAGUUGUAGAGAUUUUUUUUGCAAAAAGCUGCAGUGUUUUACAUGGGCAUGUUAAUUAUUUGGUGCAAAAUGGUAUUGUUACCGACUUUGAAAAAAUUUAAUAAAUAAAUUGUGGUGUCUUUAGUCAGGGUGUGAAAUAGCAUAGAAUCAUUAAGACUCAGUGAACGCGGUUUACAUUCCAUUAAGUCAUUAGGUGUUAAUUUAUCGUCACUGACAUUGCCAGGGAAGACAGUUACUUGAGGCAAUUUGUACAUGCUGAAGGACCUGUGAUAUUAUUUUACUUAUUGGUCCCUGGUAGUUUAAAAGUUCAGUAUUUAUAUUGGACACAAAUUCUGCCCCAGUUAUUGAUGCUGGAGUAGUAUUUGUGGCAACUGAUAUGGCAUGUUCUAUGAGAAAGGUCACCAGAGGAAAAUUGUGCCUGCCCAAGUAAUCUUUCUUUGAUAUGCAGACGUUGUUUGAAUCUCCACUAUACAUUAAGCAUAUGUGUGAAUAUGUAGUAUAGUGUGUGUGUGUGUGUGUGUGUGUGUGUGUGUGUCAGAAUGAUAGUCAAUGAAUUGUAUGUAUAGGUAGUGUAAUUUCAAACUGCAUCUUAUUUGUACAUGUUGGUUAUAGUGAAAAUGUAUUUAACUUGGGUGAAGGCUGAACAUUUUCAUUCCAGUAGUUGAGAUUAGAUCUUUUUGAAUGUAAAUAAAUCAAGAUUUCCUUGUAAAGUGCCCUUUCCAAUUUUUGUGUAAUUGGAGCCAUAUGGUCUUUUUUUUCCAAAGUAAAGCCUUCAAAAUCCCUGUUCAGAGCAGUUAAGAUUUUAGCAUUGUACAAUAGUGUUAAAUUGAGACAGCAAUGGGAAUUGUGUAUGUGACAAUGCUUACUACAAACAUUAGCAACUUUGUAUGAAAGUGUGAGCCGUUAAAUAUUGGAUACCUAACUGUUGUGUAAAUACAGACUACUUGGAAUUUAAACUGCCUUCAUUUAACUCUCCUUUUCUACAUAUGUUUUGAAGUAACUGUUAGCAUUUUUUCACUGUACUUCUGUGGCUGUCUGGAAUGGAAAUGGGAAUGACAAGGGUGACAGUUACAAGCACUUUCAGAUCAGCCAUGUAACUGAAAAUCUUUUGUAAAGACCAGUGGCAAAGCAUUGCUGCAUUACUAUUUUGAGUUUUUGCAAGCUAUGGUUUUUAUUGUAUUCAUUCUGAUGACACUCUAACCUUAAUACAUUUUGUCAAAAUAUUGAAUACAUUAAAAUUAGAUAGAAACUCACCUGAAAAUAUAGUAAACCAAGCUGUUAGAUUCCUUUGUAUUGCAAGUUGUUGGUAUUCUGCAUCUACUUUUUGUACAAUUGGUAAGUUUCUGAUUAAUUAAAAUGAUCAUGAGUUACUUGUAGGCAGAAAAGAUGGUACAUUGUCCACAUGUGAGGUUUGUGUUCAUAAUUGAGGGCAAGACACAUUGCAUAAAACUCUCAAAUAUUAGUCUAAGUAGCAGUGAUUGCUAAGGUGUAAUUCUCAGCCCAUAAAGUCAAAUGAAUUGUACAACUGGAAAUAAACUGUUAUAAAACCA